GUGCUUUUGCCGUGGUGAACCCUUGCUCUGGCCUCUAGUCAUUGGCUGCUGGCUGCUGGCUCCCGAUCCUGAACUCUUGUUGAAGCUGGGAAGGGGAUGAGAAUAGGAUGGACAGUCUCUCCUCGGGGAGCAGGUGGGCUGGCAGGACAGGCGUCCCCAGGCCGGGAGAAGGAGGCGCUCCCAGGUAGGUGAGCUCCAGAUAAGCCAGCCCUGCCAGAGACCUCCAUUUUUGGUGGAUGGUGCUCUGAGCCACAGUGUGCUUCGGUAUUUGGAUCUAUGGACCUGUUUUGAACCAUAGAGCCUGCCUAUGGGGGAAGGUGACGCCAUCUGGGCCCCAUCCAUCCUUCCUCACAGCACCCUCAGCACCUUAAGCCACCACCCUGAGCUACAUUUUGGAGGAAAGAUGGAAUCUAAGGUCUCAGAAGGUGGCCUGAACGUAACCCUGACCAUCCGCCUACUGAUGCAUGGAAAGGAAGUUGGAAGCAUCAUUGGGAAGAAAGGAGAGACGGUGAAGAAGAUGCGCGAAGAGAGUGGCGCCAGGAUCAACAUCUCAGAGGGAAACUGCCCGGAGAGAAUUGUCACCAUCACAGGCCCAACUGAUGCCAUCUUCAAAGCCUUUGCUAUGAUAGCAUACAAGUUUGAGGAGGACAUCAUUAAUUCCAUGAGCAACAGCCCUGCCACCAGCAAGCCCCCAGUGACAUUGCGACUAGUGGUCCCGGCCAGCCAGUGCGGGUCCCUGAUUGGGAAAGGCGGCUCUAAGAUCAAGGAAAUCCGGGAGUCCACAGGUGCUCAGGUCCAGGUGGCAGGUGACAUGCUGCCCAACUCCACAGAGCGGGCAGUGACAAUCUCAGGGACCCCAGAUGCCAUCAUCCAGUGUGUGAAGCAGAUCUGUGUGGUCAUGCUGGAGUUGGCAGAAGCUGAAGGGAAUGGCCCCCUCACCAGGAAGGAAGACAUCACAGUGAAAACAUCCUCAUCUCCACCUGAGGAACAGCUGGGAAAAGGCAAAAGAUGGAUCUCAGACCCUAAAUGUCAAUCAACGGUCUUUCAAACUUGCUUAAGGGGUACCCGUUGUGCCCCCAGUCGAUAUACUUGGGUGAAGUCUGCAAAGAAAUCCCCACCGAAAGGUGCCACCAUUCCCUACCGCCCAAAGCCCGCCUCCACCCCUGUCAUUUUUGCAGGUGGUCAGGCCUACACAAUCCAGGGACAGUACGCCAUCCCCCACCCAGAUCAGUUGACCAAGCUCCACCAGCUGGCCAUGCAGCAAACCCCCUUUCCUCCCCUCGGACAGACCAACCCCGCUUUCCCCGGAGAAAAGCUGCCUUUACACUCCUCCGAAGAAGCUCAAAAUCUGAUGGGCCAGUCGUCAGGUCUGGAUGCCAGCCCCCCGGCCAGCACUCAUGAGCUCACCAUUCCCAAUGAUCUUAUAGGCUGCAUAAUUGGACGCCAGGGCACCAAAAUCAAUGAAAUCCGACAGAUGUCUGGGGCUCAGAUCAAAAUCGCCAAUGCCACUGAAGGGUCGUCAGAGCGUCAGAUUACCAUCACCGGGACCCCAGCCAAUAUCAGCCUUGCCCAGUAUCUCAUCAAUGCUAGGCUGACAUCUGAGGUCACCGGGAUGGGUGCACUCUAACCUACCCAACAUCCUCCAUUUCACACAUCGGAUGGCUCCAGCCUGCAGCCUCACCAGCUGGCACACUGUACAGACUGCCUGUCCUUCCUUGCAGAUAUGAAUAGAGCGUUUUCUUUACAAACAGACGAUAGUGCGAGUCUGCCCACUCAGGCCCUGUGCGCUCCGUAUUAGUGUAGUCUCCACGCGCUGGCAUGCAGCUCUUUACUUUAAUGCUCAACGUAUUCCCAAAUGUGAUGUUUCAGAGAUUUCUUCCUCAUAUCCAUGUGACUGUCUGUUUAAAAGUUGGUUUGAUGCUUUAACAGCACUUCCUAUGUCCUGCUGCCCCUUGUUCUCAGAGCCCCUCCCCCCUCCCCUGGUCUACUGACUCAUCCCCACCCUAGGUUGUACGCAGGGAUCAGAGGUACUUUUCUUGCAACCUGCAGGGAGCAUCUGUAAAGGGGGGACUUGGGGGUUAUCUAAGGAGCAAGGCAGAGUGCCAGAAGGUGGGGUGGGACCCUUGCUUUGCUGGGAUAUCUCGGGGAGGGGGCACUUGUGGCCCCCAUGUGUCUUCCAAGAUGACUAAGAACAAGGACUUGCCAGAAAGUUCAUCUGCACCCCUCAGAGUUCAAUAAAUGUCGUGUUCCUCCCGAG